AGUACAAGGUGAGGUUGUACGGCGAUCUCCUUGACUAGCUAGUUAGCAGCAGAGGUUAGACUGAGCCUGUGAUCUUGGUGCUUGUGUGUGCUGUGGCGGAUAGACCUGAAAUAUGUAUGCCUGUGCAAAGUUUGUCACCUCACCCGCAGUGCUGCGUGGCGGGUCCAGAGUCCUGGCUCGGCCCGUUUCAGUGUCUGUGUUUAACAGACCCGAAGCCAGAAAAGAUCAGGCCCUGCUGCCAGCCAGCGAGUCCUCUUCCCUGCAGCUGAGCAGGGGGUUCCAGAUGAGCGCGGUGUCCCGGGACAUCGACACUGCCGCCAAGUUCAUCGGGGCUGGUGCCGCUACCGUGGGCGUGGCCGGAUCGGGGGCUGGGAUCGGGACUGUUUUCGGCAGCCUGAUCAUUGGAUAUGCCAGGAACCCCUCCCUCAAACAGCAGCUCUUUUCCUACGCCAUCCUGGGCUUUGCCCUCUCUGAGGCCAUGGGGCUCUUCUGUCUGAUGGUGGCAUUCCUCAUCCUGUUCGCCAUGUAAUCUUACCCUCUGCCGCCACCCCCAUCCCGUCCAAGGACCGGAAAUCGGACCGCCUGAGGCCGUUGCACCGCCAUUCCAACUCACAGAAACCACGCUCUACCUUUUUGUUCCUUUUUUCAGACAUGUUUUAUGGAAGAUCUCACUUCAUUUUGGACGGUUUGUCUGAAUAAAUGAUUGUGAACUUAA